AUGCCGAAAAUGCGCCAGUUGAAGUUGAGAGAUCCGGACAUCCCUAUGGUAGACGUGAGAAGUUCGGUUGAGUUUCGCAAUUCUGGAGACAGUCCUUCCAACUGUGAUUUUGCCCAAUUUGAGAAUCCAGAUGGGCCUUCAACAGCUGGACUCUCAAUAUUCAUGCCAAAGAAGCUGGUUGUGAAUGAUAAAGGCAAGAAUAUGGCUGCCAAGAUUACGCAGGUCUUGAACGACUUGAAAUCGCUGGCGCAAGACCUCUUCGUUGCGUUUAACGUUGUCCAAUAG